AUGUCUCUUGCCGCUUUCCGAGGCACUUCGCGUGCUCUCCGCACCCUCCCGAGAUGGGCGGCCACGACGACAACGACAACGACCGCUGCUGCUCGCCUUGGCGCCCGCGUCCAGGUUCAGAGCUGCGUCGCUGCUCGCAGGUCCCAGUCCUCGUCGGCCGCCUCUCUCGAUGGGCAGCAAAGUGUACGAGAUGAAUCUACCUCUGCAAACACUGGAGUCGCACCCAAUGGUUCUGAUGCUGAUGCUGGUCAAAAGCUACUGUCUGCGCACCUGCGCGAGGCCGAUCCGGCCGUCUUUGAUAUCAUUGAGAAGGAGAAGAAGCGACAAAAGCACUCCAUCAAUCUCAUUCCUUCCGAAAACUUUACUUCGCAGGCCGUUCUCGAUGCCUUGGGAAGUGUUAUGCAGAACAAGUACUCCGAGGGUUACCCGGGUGCAAGAUACUAUGCUGGUAACGAGUUCAUUGACCAGUCCGAGAGGCUAUGCCAGCAGCGAGCCCUCGAGGCCUUUGGCCUGAGCGACAAGGAAUGGGGCGUCAAUGUGCAGUCCCUAUCUGGCGCUCCCGCCAACCUCUAUGUUUACUCUGCUCUCAUGAAUACGCAUGACAGAUUGAUGGGCUUGGACCUGCCCCACGGCGGUCACCUGUCUCACGGAUACCAGACCCCAACCAAGAAGAUCUCGGCAGUCUCCAAGUACUUUGAGACGGUUCCUUACAGGCUAGACGAGGAGACUGGUCUCAUCGACUAUGUCAAGCUUGACGAGCUUGCUACUAUCUACAGACCCAAGAUCAUUGUCGCUGGAGCCAGUGCCUAUGGACGAUUCAUUGACUACAAGGCCAUGAAGGCAACGGCCACCAAGGUCGGCGCUUACCUGGUUGCCGAUAUGGCGCACAUUUCGGGUAUGGUUGCCGCCAAGGUUCUUCCCAGUCCCUUCAACUAUGCCGAUAUCGUCACGACUACAACCCACAAGAGUUUGCGUGGCCCUCGUGGCGCCAUGAUCUUUUACCGAAAGGGAGUCAGGUCCGUCAACAAGAAGAAGGAGGAGAUCAUGUACGAUCUGGAGGGUCCUAUCAACGCCUCUGUAUUCCCUGGCCACCAGGGUGGUCCUCACAACCACACCAUCACCGCUCUGUCGGUGGCCCUCAAGCAGGCACAAUCGCCCGAGUUCCGUGCAUACCAGGAGCAGGUUCUAGCCAAUGCUCAAGCAUUCUCCAAGAGACUGAGCGAGCCCAAGAACAGCGGCGGUCUCGGUUACAAGGUUGUUAGCGGUGGUACCGAUAACCACCUUGUCUUGAUUGACCUCAAGCCUCAGCACGUGGACGGCGCUAGAGUCGAGCGUGUUCUGGAGCUUGUUGGUGUCGCCAGCAACAAGAACACCGUUCCAGGCGAUAAGUCAGCCAUGGUUCCCGGUGGUUUGCGCAUGGGUACUCCCGCCAUGACCACUCGUGGCUUCAACGAGGAUGACUUUGUCCGUGUUGCCGAUAUUGUCGACCGUGCAGUGACUAUUGCGGUCAGAGUGGACAAGGCUGCUCGCAAGGCUGCUGAGGACAAGGGUGAGAAGUACAAGCUGAAGUUCUUCUUUGACCACCUUGGCAGCGGCGAGGACGACUCUGAGAUUGUCCAGCUGCGCUCCGAAGUUGCUGACUGGGUCGGCACUUAUCCCUUGCCUUGGAUUGAGGAGGGCAAGGCGUAA